CGCCCUCAGCGUCGGCGCGCAGGAGACCGGCAGCGGCCGGGGCUGGGCGCUGGAGCCGCCGCGGCGGCGGGAAGAUGGAUGCGCCGCGUCCGCGCCUCGCCGCUCGGCAUCCUCCCCGGGCCGCGGCACGAAAAAAAUCUCCCAUAUAACUAACUGUCUGCAAACCCAGAGUACUUCCCCUGGAUUCACCUCUGGACCACGUCGUAUAGACGACUUGCUCAGUGUUGCUGUUUGGUUCUGAGCCCACUUGGUGGUCAUGCUAAUAAGGAUAUCCAGUGAAAUGUGUCUGAGUCUAGUUUGCAUGAUAUUCUAGCCAUGAAGAAUACAAUGAGAAGACAUUCCUUCAGGCUGCUGAACUCCACCCCACCCCAAAUUUCAGGAUCACUGUUGAUUGAAGUCAUUCUUCAAAGCCUUGUGUUUCAGUUGGUUAACAUAAACCAUGUUAGCUAUAGGGCUUCCAAAGCAGCUGAGGACAGAACCUUAAGGAUUGCCAGGCAGUAGGCGUUAAAAUAACUGGUACUGAAAGGAACAGAAAAAGAUGGCAGUCCACAUUUGAAAGAAGUAAACACAUGGACUCUCACUGAUAAGAAAUCAUGUCAAAAAAAGGACGUAGCAAGGGCGAAAAGCCUGAGGCACUGAUUCUUGCCCUACAGGCUGCCAAUGAGGAACUCAGGACCAAGCUAACAGACAUUCAAAUUGAGCUGCACCAGGAGAAAUCUAAGGUUGCUAAACUAGAAAGAGAGAAGACUCAAGAAACUAAACGUAUCCGUGAAGUGGAGCAGCGCAAGCAGACCGUGCAGAUCACAGAGCUAAAAGCCAAACUUCAUGAGGAAAAAAUGAAGGAGCUGCAGGCUGUGAGGGAGAACCUCAUCAAACAGCACGAGCAGGAGAUGACACGGAUGGUAAAAGUCCGAGACAGUGAAAUCCAGCGCCUCAAGUCAGCGUUGUGUGCACUGCGGGAUGGGAGCAGUGAUAAAGUAAGGACAGCGCUGACUAUUGAGGCACGUGAAGAGGCCAGAAAACAGUUUGACUCUGAGCGCCUUAAGCUGCUGCAGGAAAUUACUGAACUGAAGUCUGCAAAAAAGCAGGUAGAUGAGGCCCUUAACAAUAUGAUCCAAGCUGACAAGAUCAAGGCGGGUGAUCUUCGGAGUGAGCAUCAGUCCCACCAGGAAGCCAUUUCUAAGAUCAAAUGGGAGAGUGAGAGGGAUAUUCGCCGCUUGAUGGACGAGAUCAAGGCUAAAGACAGGAUCAUAUUUUCCUUGGAGAAAGAACUGGAGACACAGACAGGCUAUGUGCAGAAGCUGCAGCUACAGAAGGAAGCUCUGGAUGAACAGCUCUUCUUGGUGAAGGAGGCAGAGUGUAACAUGAGCAGUCCCAAGAGAGAGAUACCAGGAAGGGCUGGAGAUGGUUCAGAGCAUUGCAGCAGCCCUGACUUGCGCAGAAACCAGAAGAGGAUAGCAGAGUUGAAUGCCACGAUUCGGAAGCUGGAAGACAGGAACACAUUGCUCGUUGAUGAACGAAAUGAAUUGUUGAAGCGUGUCCGAGAAGCUGAAAAACAAUGUAAACCUCUCCUGGAAAAGAACAAGUGCCUCACGAAGAGAAAUGAUGAACUGAUGCAGUCUUUGCAGCGCAUGGAAGAUAAACUCAAAGCAGUCACUAAAGAAAAUAUAGAAAUGAGAGAAAAAAUGACAUCACAUCCUCCUCUAAAGAAAUUAAAAUCUCUCAAUGACCUCGAUCAGGCUAAUGAGGAACAAGAAACUGAAUUUUUAAAGCUUCAGGUCAUAGAACAACAGAACAUAAUUGAUGAGUUGACAAGGGACAGGGAAAAACUCAUUCGUCGCAGAAAGAAUAAAAGGAGUUCAAAGCCAAUUAAGAGACAUGUGGUGGAUACAGUUUUUGGGUACGAUGAUGAUUCCAUGGACUCUGAAACAUCCUCUGUGGCCUCAUAUAGAACAGACAGAACACCAGCAACUCCAGAUGAUGAUCUGGAUGAGAGUUUAGCCGCAGAAGAAUCAGAGCUGCGGUUUCGACAGCUGACAAAGGAGUAUCAGGCCCUGCAGAGAGCUUAUGCACUACUGCAGGAACAAACAGGAGGCAUCAUAGAUGCUGAAAGAGAAGCCAAGGCUCAAGAGCAGCUCCAGGCUGAAGUACAGAGGUAUAAAGCCAAAAUAGAAGAUCUAGAGAAAACUUUAGCACAGAAAGGGCAGGACUCUCACUGGGUAGAAGACAAACAGCUUUUUAUUAAGAGGAACCAAGAACUUUUAGACAAGAUAGAGAAACUGGAAGCAGAAAACAGCCGUCUGCAACAGGAGCUGCAGGAUGCUCGGGACCAGAAUGAACUGCUGGAGUUCCGCAACCUUGAACUGGAGGAAAGAGAGAGACGGUCUCCACCAUUUAAUCUCCAGAUUCACCCAUUUUCAGAUGGUGUGAGCGCUCUACAGAUCUACUGCAUGAAGGAAGGGGUUAAGGAUGUCAGCAUACCAGACCUCAUAAAGCAGUUAGAUAUCCUAGGUGAUAACGGGAAUUUAAGAAAUGAAGAACAAGUGGCCAUAAUUCAGGCUUCCACUGUUUUGUCCUUGGCAGAAAAGUGGAUCCAGCAGAUUGAGGGAGCUGAAGCUGCUCUGCACCAGAAGAUGAUGGAACUGGAAAGUGAUAUGGAGCAAUUUUGCAAAAUAAAAGGUUAUUUGGAAGAAGAACUAGACUACAGGAAGCAAGCUCUUGACCAAGCAUACAUGAGGAUCCAGGAGCUUGAAGCCACCUUAUACAAUGCUUUGCAGCAAGAAACGGUAAUAAAGUUUGGGGAACUACUCACUGAAAAACAGCAGGAAGAGCUGAGGACAGCAGUAGAAAAGCUAAGACGUCAGAUGCUGAGGAAAAGCAGAGAAUAUGAUUGCCAGAUUCUUCAAGAGAGGAUGGAGCUGCUCCAGCAGGCUCAUCAGAGGAUCCGAGACUUAGAAGAUAAAACUGACAUCCAAAAGAGACAAAUUAAGGAUCUGGAGGAAAAGUUUCUAUUUCUAUUCUUGUUCUUCUCUCUUGCCUUUAUUCUUUGGCCUUGAUGUCAAUGUGCCUCUCGGAAAGAGCACCCGACCACACAGAUAAGUCCUUAGAAAGGCAAAUGCUUCCAACCCCCCGAUGAAGAGAACAUUGUUUACACCAAUUUAAAAAAUAUAUACGAAAGAACAACCUGUAGCCAAGACUGCAACCACCUUAUAUUUUAAAGCCAUCAUUCAAGAUUUGUUACUUGACAGUUUCUGUCUAAAGCUAUGAUAUAUGCUGCAUCUAAUGAAAUCCUAUAUGUUGAAAUUACAAAAGGGGAAGAAAAAUAAACUGUGAACCUACAUCACUUAGGAAAAAACUUAAAGGGAAUCUGCAAGGCUCCACUUUCAGCUGAUCAAGUCAGAGUGUGUCUUGGGCAUGGACAGAAAAAUAUAUCCCUGCUAUGCAGGGCAAUCAUUUAAAUGUGACACUGUCAUCCCAUGAACAAAUCAAAAGUAAGAAGACAGAGCAGGAGAAACACUUGAGAGCUGUGGAGAGAUACUGACAAUAAAGCAUUUGGUUUGAACUGUCUGGCUUUCUCACUACAGGGACUCUUUCUCUUUCCCCUUGGUUUUAGCCUUAGGAACAAUGACAGCUGCAGUGUGGGGGCAAAAAAAGGAAAAAUACAUUCUAGUUUAUUGCAUGACGGGCAGGACAGGGCACCAUGUUUUCUGUUUGAGAUCAUAACUAAGCACCAUUCUACAUGGCAAGGGAUGGGAAAUGAGGGUGUGUAGUAUAAGGAAGACUUCUGACAGAAUUGUAGCCUUCUCUCUUCACACUCCCUGCAUGAAGAACAGCCUGCCCAUUGUCAGAUACUUUUCAUACUCUUUAAAGACUGACAGUGAGAUAAUAAUGCCCAUACUUAGUUUCACUAUUGGAAUAACAUACUGAGGAUCACUGGAUUGGACCUACAGAGUGGCUUCUUAGAAAGAAAAAAAUGUGUUUGAGGGAAAAGGGGAAAAAAGCUAUCCCCAGUGUUCAUGUGGUAUAACCCACAAAGCAUCAUCUUCCAAAUAUUUUGUCUCAGCUUGGAUCCUACUGAACAUGCAAAACCCUUAUAAAUGUUUUGGUUUGGCUUGUCAAACUGAUUUUGUUAGCUGACUUCCUGACCAGUGACGCCUAAGCCAAAAAAUGGGGAAAGCCAUGUGAAAGCAUCCUUAUUAGACAUGAGGAGAAGUAUCACUGGCUUGUUUAGAUUUUUCCACAAUUAAGAAUAACUAGUAAUAGUUUCCAUUUCAGAGCAUUACUUACCUCUCCCAUGACAAAGGCUGGAACCCAGUCCUGGUGGCUCCCUGAGGCAAGGAGUGCCAUCACAGCGCAUGCCCCUGUAGUCAGUAAAAAACAAACCCUGAGGAGUGUUGACACCUGCAACAAACAUUGCCAAGUUCCUGUCUGUUGGAAGCAAAGUUGCAUCCAUCUUCCCUUUUCUCAUGGUGUGCUGUAUGAUCUAGGCAUGACAAUGCCCUUCUCUGUGCUUCUGUUUUCAUUUACCUGGAAAUUGAGUCCUUCCUGUAUAGACUUCAGGUUCCUGUGGCAAGGCUCCUUAUUUGAGCUGUGUCUUCCACAAUGGAGCCUUAAUUUUAGCUAAGAAAAAUGGAUUUCCAUAUUUCAAAGUAGAAGACAACCUGUGCAUUACUUAAACCUUCAAAAGAGGGCUCACAUGUUCUGACAUCUUAAGCACAGACUCUACAGACUCAGCACACCAGAAGCAUUACAAGUGCUUUAUAGAGGGUGUUGCUUCUUUUUGCUUAUUUUUGCAGAUGAAACAACUGAGGCAAAAAGUAGUGAAAUAAGUCAGCAGGGUAAAAGCCAUUCCUUAGCCACGGCAGGGAUGAAGUUCAUCUAGUAUAGGGGAUGCCUGCCCCUUACAGAUGUUUUUCAUCCAGAAUAGCUUUUAAUUAUUAAUGUCCAUACACUCAGCUGGAUUGCAAUGCUGGGCUCAGUUUCUCCACGGAGACUUUAAAUAUCCUCACUUCUUUCAUGCCUGGAGAUUGUGUUGAGCCCUCUGUUGAAGGUUGGAAGCUAUUAGAAAAUUCCUCUUCCUUAAAAUUAAUUUAAAUUAAAAAUGACCACAGCUUCUGGAAGCAGUCUGUUUUAGCCAAGGAGUUUACUGAAUUCUGCACCAGUUGUAUGUUUGCUGUUUUUUUUUUUUGUUGUUGUUGGUGUUUUUUUUUUUUGGUAGAACAAACAAAAAAAACAAAAACAGACUUGUAGGCAAAUAUGUUAAAUGAAUGCUAGUAUGUUGCAUGCUCUGUGGUUCAAACUCUUUGCCCUCCCUGCAGAGGAAUCUAUGGGUAAGGUUGGCCCAAACCUACCACCUGUGCUUUCCAAGGGUGCUGCUACCAAUUUAGUCCUGAAGCUUUGGAGUCAUGCUUCUUCCACACCUGACAUAUUAGGAUCACUUUACAACAUCUCGUUAGCUACAAAAAGUUUUUUUUUCCUCCCUGGUUAUUAUUCCCUCUUCCCCCUUCCACUGUUUUUUCCCUUGCUGCAGCACAAGUUCAAUUCAUACCACUUGGCAGCAGUGGUAUGUGGCAAGUCGCAAGUAAAUGCAGGCUGGAAACUGUUUUCCAUAGGUAUUAUGGCCAGCAAUUAAAGUGCUGAGCUCAUCUUACAGAAGCAUGAGCAGCAUCUAUUUUCUAUGAUGUUGCGAUAACCUCCUUCUCUGCUUUGGUUAAAAAAAAUAAAAAAAGAGUACUAGAAAUGUUUGUUUCAGGCAGACACAGGGCAGAACCAUAGCACAGAUAUAAGUAUCUAGUUUCAGAACAUACUGGACUGAUUUUGUGGCAGACUAUAUCACUCAGGUCCUCUGAACUGUGCUGUGCACACUUUACUCUCAUUUGUCUUGCCUGAUUUCCCCUCCCUUGCUCUUCCUUAUUGCAUGUGCAUUUCCAAGGGCUUGGGGUGAGGUGGGAGAUGGCAGACAAUCCACAGCUUACCAUGGUGCGACUUGUAAAUUGUCUGCAGACUUUUAAUGCUAGAGUUCCUCCAGAAAGCUGAACAACAGCUGCUUUACUCUUCUUGAAGCUUAACAUAAGCCAUGCCUAAAACACACUUGCUGAUAAAAUACAAACUUCCUACUCUCGGCUAGAUCAAAACGAGUUUGUAUGCAUAUUUAUGUAUAUAUAUAGUAUACUAUAUAUAUGCAUAUAUAUAUAUCUAUACUGUAUAUAGUAAAUCAUUGCUAUAGCUUAUGAAGUUUACUUCCAAUCUAGGUGUGGGGAAUUGAAUCUAGACUUGUUUAGCUGCCACAACUGGUAGCACUCCUCAUGGUUUAGUUUUACAUCUCAUGGGCAACUAGUCUUUCUCUUCCUUCCUUCCUUCCUUCCUUCCUUCCUCCCUUCCUCCCUUCCUCCCUUCCUCCCUUCCUCCCUUCCUUCCUUCCCUCCUUCCCUCCUUCCCUCCUUCCUCCCUUCUCCACUGUUCUCUGUCCUGAAGCUGUUUCUCCAGGGCUUUUGUUGUUCCUGAUAUUCUUUGAGGCACGCUAUUGAGAAUCCUCCCUCAAACUUCACAGCCGACUUCCCCUCCUACAAACAACUAGCAAAACCAGAUCAAUUUAUUUCAGUCUUUGAGGACAGGAAACAUAGUCCUGGAUUCCUCCCAUCUAUCUGUCCUAGGCUGUAGCAGGACUACCAGCACUCCAGGCUACCCAUACUGUCAAAACAUUAGAUGAGGCACGUACAUCGUGCAAGUCAAACAAAAUCUGACUUGCCACUUUUUCUCCACUGACCAAAUCAAGAGAGUUUGAAGACUAUACUUUCAAUUUAAGCACUUCAGACAAAGGCCUAAUUAGGUGAGAUGAAUUUAGGCAAUUGGGUCUGCAGAAGGAAAUAGAGCUUCUUUGCAGUAUUAUCAGCCUGGCUUACAGCUCCACCAUCUCAUUGACAUGCCUAGAGGACCAUGUAGACCUUCUUUUUGUAUACGUGCUCCAUUUUCCAUCUCCCUGCUCUCAUCUCAGAGGGGAAUAUCUGCUGGCCCUCCAAAGCUUUCAGUUCCAUGGCACUGCAUGAGGACUGGAUAGGCCAGGCUCUUGCUCUCACUAGGGUAAGUUUCAAUAAACAGCCACACAGUUGCUGGAGAUUCAAAGUUUUUGUUUUGUUUUGUUUUGUUUUUCUGCCCUCACAUCAGCACCUGUGUGUUUUUAUAUAUACUUUUCAUUCCCAAUUUCUUUGGUGUUUACUCCAGAACAAAACUGUAAAUGACUUGUCAGAAUGACCCUUUGAUAAACACUGGACAUGUAUCUGUACUAUAUGUAUUAACGUGUAGAAGAGAAUCCUUAUUGUAUGUAAAGUUUUAUGAAUGGUUAUUUUUUAAUUUAUGUAUUUAAUAUAGGAUUCGAUGACCUCUGGUGUUUUAGUUUGUAUAAAAAAAAAUAAAACAGCGGCAUUUUUAAAAAAAAAAUCUCACUUUACAUUCACAGAGCUAUUCAGUGUCUGUCUGGAAUCUGUUCAGAAGUAUCAUGUUAAAGCUGGGUAACCAAGAUGCAGGAGACACUUCCUUGCCUACUCGCUCCCACUGAUAUGUUUGCAGCCCACAGUGAGAAAGACUGGAGAGGC